CGGCGCCGGGCCUCUCCGCGCGGCCUCCUUCCUCCCGCCCGCUCAGCUGGAAGCGGCGGCGGAGGGGAAAGGCGCGGCCCCACCUCGGCGGCACCUCCUCCCCCGGCAGGCGCGGGCGGAGCCGGGCCCGCCUCAGCCGGCUGCGGCGGGAGCAACGCAGCGCGGCGCCGCGGGCAGCGAGCUCCGCAUUCGAACCUCCCUCGCAAAGACAGUCUCCGCCCCACAAUGCACUGCGGCGGGCAGCCUUUGAAAAAGCGGCGCGGCUCGUUCAAGAUGGCGGAGCUCGACCAGUUGCCUGACGAGAGCUCUUCAGCAAAAGCCCUUGUCAGUUUAAAAGAGGGAAGCUUAUCUAACACAUGGAAUGAAAAGUACAGUUCUUUACAGAAAACACCUGUUUGGAAAGGCAGGAAUACAAGCCCUGCUGUGGAAAUGCCUUUCAGAAAUUCAAAACGAAGUCGACUUUUUUCUGAUGAAGAUGAUAGGCAAAUAAAUACAAGGUCACCUAAAAGAAACCAGAGGGUUGCAAUGGUUCCACAGAAAUUUACAGCAACAAUGUCAACACCAGAUAAGAAAGCUUCACAGAAGAUUGGUUUUCGAUUACGUAAUCUGCUCAAGCUUCCCAAAGCACAUAAAUGGUGUAUAUACGAGUGGUUCUAUUCAAAUAUAGAUAAACCACUUUUUGAAGGUGAUAAUGACUUCUGUGUAUGUCUGAAGGAAUCUUUUCCUAAUUUGAAAACAAGAAAGUUAACAAGAGUAGAAUGGGGAAAAAUCAGGCGGCUUAUGGGAAAACCACGGAGCUUUGUAUCUCCCACACAUCAUAAUGCCUUUUUUCUUUUCUCAGCACGAUUACGUGGUGUUCAUGAUGGUUUGUUCACUGGACAGAUAGAUGCUGUGGAUACUCUUAAUGCUACUUAUAGAGUAACUUUUGAUAGGACAGGGCUUGGUACCCAUACCAUCCCUGAUUAUGAAGUUCUUAGUAAUGAGCCUCAUGAGACAAUGCCAAUUGCUGCCUUUGGACAAAAACAGCGGCCUUCUCGAUUUUUUAUGACCCCACCACGUUUACAUUAUACUCCUCCUCUCCAGUCACCAAUUACAGAUAAUGAUCCUUUAUUAGGACAGUCACCAUGGAGAAGUAAAAUUUCUGGCUCUGACACUGAAACGUUAGGUGGUUUUCCAGUAGAAUUUCUUAUACAAGUGACCAGAUUAUCAAAAAUUCUCAUGAUUAAAAAGGAACAUAUCAAGAAAUUAAGGGAAAUGAACACAGAAGCAGAAAAACUGAAGUCAUAUUCCAUGCCCAUCAGCAUUGAAUUUCAGCGGAGAUAUGCAACUAUUGUUCUAGAGCUUGAACAGCUGAACAAGGACCUAAAUAAAGUUUUGCAUAAAGUUCAACAGUAUUGCUAUGAGCUUGCUCCAGACCAGGGGCUGCAGCCAGCAGAUCAGCCGACAGAUAUGAGACGCAGGUGUGAGGAAGAAGCACAGGAAAUUGUUCGGCAUGCAAAUUCCUCAACAGGACAGCCCUGUGUUGAAAAUGAAAAUCUGACAGACUUAAUCUCCAGGCUUACAGCUAUUUUGUUACAAAUUAAGUGUCUAGCUGAAGGAGGAGACCUGAAUUCCUUUGAAUUCAAAUCACUUACAGACUCAUUAAAUGAUAUCAAGAGUACAAUAGAUGCUUCUAAUAUCAGCUGCUUUCAGAAUAAUGUAGAAAUCCAUGUUGCACAUAUUCAGAGUGGCCUGAGCCAGAUGGGAAACUUACAUGCCUUUGCAGCAAAUAACACCAACAGAGACUGAGUAGAAGAUUUCAUUAUUCCAACUGCACAGGACAUUGUUCUUUUCCUUUAUAUAGGCUUCCAACACCAAAUAACCUAACUGCUGGAAAACAAGGGAAAUUUAAAUCUCCAAAUAAGGCAUUUUAAUAGACUGUAUUGCUUCUUAAACCAGCAUUGCUGACCAGCAUUAUAUUUAUUUUUCUUUUAUUAUUCAAAUGCAGUAGCAUUGCUUAUGUUACAUGUUUAUAUUAGCAAAUAUUUUUAAUGAAAAUAUCUGAACAUAAUAUAAUUUCAUUGAAGAAUGCAUUGACCAUUUUUUUUAACAUGCAUGAAUUCACCGCAACACAUGGAGACAACUCAGACAACUGCUGCCAUGGAGAGUCUGAAGAAACCUGGUCUUUUUGUUCAUAUCGGUGGCAAUGUGGAAAUUCCAUCCAGAAAAUUACAACUCCACUUGAUUUAGUUAAUCACCAUCUCAGUCUUCAAAAGAUAACAUCAUGAAGUGUGGGAAGUCCUAGUUUUAAGGAAAGCCACUGAAAUAUAGAUGGGAAAUACGGACUUUACAGGUAUAUGUGAUAUAUACUUGCAAUGUGACAUGGUUCUAUAGAUCAUUUUAUAAUAAAUAUUUAAAUUUAUCAUAACUUAUAUAAAAGAAACCUUUGUUUUUUGUCGUUAAAAUAAAAUGAAGGAAUAGGGAAAAAACAUAACUGCAAAAUGCUAAAUUUCUGCAAAUGGAUUUGGCAUACCUUCCCAUCAGUUCAGGUCAAAAGUGCUAUUGUUAUGAGAUUUAUUUAAAAAAAAAAAAAAAAAGACUGAUAACACACUAUUUUCAUAUUUUUUUUUUGUUUAUUUGCACAACUUUUAAACCAGAUUACUGGUUAAAAUCCAACAGUACACAAUUUGUAAAGUAAAAAGAUUUUAUAAGGAAAACAAAUAUAAUAACCAGUGCUGUGAAAUGCAGAAGAAAGGUUUGUUUUGAUUGUUUUUCUUUUUUAGGAAAAUCCCUAAAAUGUUAAUCUUGUAAAAAGUAUGUAUUUGGAAUUUUCUUUGUUUUAAUAUAGAAUAUUAUAAAGUCAAAAUAUAAUAAAUUGUUUUCAAAUUUUGAGUUUAAGAUAUAGCUGUAGAGGUGAUUUUAAUUCCUUUAGAUGUCUCAUCAAAUGAGACUUUUUAUAUGUUAAUGUAUAAUAAAACUGAAACAAGAUUAUUUUCCAUUUGAAAUUUUUGUAUAGUUUAAAAAUGCUUCCGUAUUCUUUGUUGGUAUUGUGCCACUGCAGAACUUUAGUGCAGAGUUUAUAUUUAGCUAAACUGUUAUGUUAAUUAAAUGCAUAAAUCUUCUAUUCUUAAUAUUUGUAAUUCUAAAUAAAUUGAUCUAUGAAAAUUAA